AUGGACGUCCGGAUUUCUAAACGUUUGUGCGAAAAAUUAUCGUCCAACAGGACUCGUGAACGCGACAUGUGUACACCCAACCAUAUCGCUUCGUAUUAUCGAGUAGGCGACGACGGUUGGGACGUCCAGUGUCAACCAGCUUGUUUUCACAUGAAAAACAAAAAGACCUACGACAAAGACGGCGAGAUAGCCGUCAUGAGUCCGUGGUUAAACUACGCGUUCGGCGAAUGUCGUUUAGUGCCCGAACAGAUGGCGACGUUUCUAGAAAAACCUUUCCAUCGUACCGACGUCGUUUACGAACGUCGAGUUAACGAUAUGCCGACGGGGUUUUCGCGACGCGAAAACCUUUCGGACACGUACGGCUGUGGGUUCACGUACGUAAACAAUAACACUUAUUGUAAUUAUUUCGAUCGUACGAUGAUUCCGAGCGCCGGUAAAACUGACGGACCCUGUGGUUUUACGGGUACAGAAAAAGUCGUAGACGCUGUAGUGGGUAUGUCGCUGAUAAAUACCGUGAAAUCUGCGGUACGGACUACGCUUAUCAACAGUACGAGCGUUCCGUUUUCAGAUCCCGUAGAUUUGGUACGUUUACCGACAAAGCUCGAGAACGUCAUGCCUGUAGACGGUUGGCGUGCAGACGUUAAUCGUGCAUUUGUUCCGCCCGAAUUGGUUUCUUUUUGGGAUAAUGGUGACGAUGACGGCGACGAUCUUGGGCGGCGACGACGCCAUGACGUUUCCGAGACACCAAACGAUUACUCUCACGAGAAAACAUCGACAGACGAUCGUGCGGGUGAAGUAAAAAAAACAGUUAAAAAAACUAUCAAAAGUUUAUUGGACAUGGUGAAAAGCGAAGAAUUUUGGAUUAAUAUUUCUACAGCGGUGGCGUUCGAUAAAUCUCUGACGUAUAUACGAAAAAUUUGCGUUAAAACUAUAGCCACUCUGCAACCGUUAUUGACAGACAACAUGGUCGCGCUCAUGCGAAAAUCUUAUUCAAAAGCUGUCGUACAGGGUACGGCUAGAUCUAUGGCCAAAACAAUGAUGUUGACUUCGGUGAUGCAGCUGACCGGAAAAUCGGCAUUGAUGUUGGCGCGAGUGACAGUUUCCGUAACGAACCCGGUGAGCUGGAUACUGGCCGUCACGUCCGUGUUAGAUUUUGUUUUCACGUGGUGGGACCCGUUCGGUUACGAUAACAUGCUUCAAGGGACGUUUCCGGCCGAUUAUAUACGCAAAGGGGAAAUCGAAAUGCGGCAACGGUUAAAAGUGAUAAAAGCUAAUUAUACGUUUGACGCUAUCGUGUACACCGUACUCCACAAAAACGAAAUCGACGACGCCACGUUGUUUGGUUUCGUGGAGCAAUCUGUCCUACAAAUAUGCAUGCGAGACAGUAUCAUCAGUGAAAGUAUAUGUCCUCCAUUUGGUAAAAAAGCAAAAUUCGAGGUAGAGACAAUACAAACUAGGUCACCGAUGUACGGAUGUGACUAUAUGGGAAAUCAAACUCAAAUCACCACUGCUCCAUUGUUCCAUUUGUGGUUGGAGCGUCCAGUGGAAACAAGAUGCGAGACAGUAUCAUCAGUGAAAGUAUAUGUCCUCCAUUUGGUAAAAAAGCAAAAUUCGAGGUAG